UCGCUAUGACGGCGCACGGCUUCGCGUUGCCGAUGGUCCUCUUCUCCAUCUUCUGGGGGCUCGUGGGAUUCGCGGGGCCGUGGCUUGUGCCAAAGGGGCCCAACCGCGGAGUGAUUAUUACCAUGCUGGUGACUACUGCUGUUUGUUGCUAUCUUUUUUGGCUUAUAGCAAUUCUGGCUCAAGCCAAUCCUCUCUUUGGACCUCAGCUGAAGAAUGAUACCAUCUGGUAUGUGCUGUUUCAGUGGGAGUGACCUGGGCUGUUACAGACCAAUUAAACAGGUAUAUACCCACCUAUCCUUACUAAUAAAAGCGUAGAAGUGACUAGCCUCUUACCCACAUCUACUCUGCUGGUUGUGACCAACUAACAACUGAAAAGAAAAAGGAUUGACUUUAUUAUUUGCAAAAGAUCUUGGCCUUGGCUCUUUACUUGUCCUAGGCCUGCACUGGUAGGACCAGAAUUUGUGAAUCCAUAGAACAGGCUGUUUUUCUUUCUGUCUGUGUAAGGUGGGGUAAGGGGGGGCAAGCAGUUUUAUAGUUCCAAGACAGGUUCUUUCUGUCUUGGGAAAGUUCAGUGCUGAUAUCUUUCUCUUUCAGGCUUCACCCCCUGCCCUUUCCAGUGGGAACGUGAUGGAUCUUUUACAGCCUGAUGUUUCCACUGCAGUGACCAUCCCCUGCCUUCCGAUUUUAACUGAUACCUUGGCAUAUAUAAUCUUAAUGUAAUGUUUUUAUUAAUGACCCUCCCUUGAUAACUGCAGUAAAUACAGUAAGUAGUUGUAGCCUGAAGAUUGAAUCACUGUUGGUAGAGCUUUGCAACUUCCUUCUUAGUAAGAGACAAAGAACUUUUCUCCAUUUUAAAUGAUAUACUAGAUUUGUAGGUCUCUCCACAUCUUGAUCUUUGCAUACAAACGCUCUUCUGUCAGAGUACAUUUGCCUAGACAUCUCUGGUUGUCCAUGUUAACUACCAGUUGUAAAUGUAAAUAUGGUAUAAACUUGUAUUGUGAAAAUAAAAUUACUGUUUGUGACCUGUUGGCAAGGUCCUAUUGUCCUAUUCAUAUUGCUUGGAAAAGCUUAUCUACAGUGAAACUGCUGAUAUCACUUGUAUCAUUUUAAAGAACAGUUUUACCAAAAUCAAAUUUCAGAUGGAGAUUUUGUUGCCAAGGGAGAUUUCAGUAUAGCUACCCAGAUGAUUGAAGUCAGUAAAGAACUCUCUCCAUUCCAAAAGUAGAAAUGGGAAAAUACAAACCAUGCUGAAGUUUAUUCUGUGCAAACAUUCAAACUUUAGAAAACAUUUUUUUCCCUUUAGAACUAUGACCAAGUAGGAAGGCACAUGAGGAAUAAUGGCUUGUGCAGCCCCUUGGCCUAUAGAAAACAAGCAUCAAGGAUGAUUUUAAGAAACUCUGGUUACAUAGCUCAAUGUAAUUUAUUGCUACAGUUACUGGAUUUCAAGUAUUAAAACAAAUACAUUAUGAAAUGUAGCCCACAGUUGAUUCAGACAAUCAGUGUUAAAACAAGUUGAAUUGUCCAGAAUGGUUUGUAUUUCAAGAUAGUCUUCUGCAAUACAAAAAAUAGAUGAAACUCCCAAGGAAGGAGCAUCACCAAAGAGCCAUCCUUCAUGAUGUAUGUAAUAGGGAAUCUGACAGAAAUCCCCAUACUGUAUGUGCAAAAUUCAAUUCCUCAAAAACCACAAGUGGAAAAAGGAGGCAGAAAAUAGCAGCUAAUGAUAUCUUCUUUUUCUUCUUGUUUUAAAAAAGUGCUUCUUUACCCAAUGGAUCCUACAUUUUAAAGUGUUGUCCUCUCACAGCCACUGGUACAAGGAGAAGCCUCUAUUCAAACAGAGUUGAAGCACCAGUAUGAAUUCUUCGCUUUCCUUUGCAGAAGAUGCCUCAGAAGAGCUGCUCGGUCCUAAAAAUAUCCCGUUCUCCCACCCACCCCUUCCUGAGCAAAUAAUUUUCUUUGGUCAUUUGUACUGAUACUGUUUUCAUCUCCAAUAGGAAUGGAAGUGAACACCUUUGGUAACACCUGCAACAUGAUUGCCCUCCCCUAGCUAGGAACCUCCGACACAGAGGACAUCCUGAAGCCCCCUCGCAGCCAUAGCCCUGGGGACAGAGUAACACUGAGCAGCCACCCUGAGGCUAAUGAGGAGUGCCACAGUAUUCUGGACUGAAAAAAGACAUAAGGGAAUCACACCUUUUGGCCCAUUAAAAACCAGUGCCGAUAGGGAAGAACUGGACAGUCAGUGAGAUAGUCCUGAUAGCAUUCUUUUGUCAGGAGCCUUGUUCCUGGGCUG